CUUGUUUCUUCCAAUCCACUUCGAACGAAAGGCGUUUGUGAACAACCGGUUUCAGUCCGAUGCGAACCACAUCACUCUAAGCAUGGAUUGUGCGAGCGUCGUUCACCACGGAGAGGACCAUCUCGGCAGAGGAUGUGACAAUGCGGCUUCGAGAAGAGCUGCGAGAGACGGGACGAUCUCAUCACAUGUGACCAAGUAGUACAACGGGCUAAUCUGAGUCUACUCUUUCCCUUUCGAAACGAUGCGUCUCGUUGGAUUUUAA